CCUCGCAAAGUUUGACUUUAAACCCUGGCCACCAUAUGGUCGCCUAGUGUUGUCAUGCAGUUUCUCCUGAUCUUGGGGUUUUUGGGGGUCUUGGCUCAAUGGUCUUGGGUCGCAAGCAGCUUAAAUUAUGAUGACCAAGUGUUUUCCAUCACACCAAAGACACAAGCAGAGGUGGACAUCGUGAAGAAUGUGUCUUCCCAAUACGAGACGGUGCUCUGGAGCCCCGCGGCCCCGGAGUUCAUCCGGGAAGAGGCCGAGGUCCACCUCUUCGUACCCGGCAACAGCUCACAGGCGGUCCGGGAGCUGCUCCAGACGCACGGCGUCACGCACGCGGUGAUGUUGGCCAACACUAAGGAGCUGAUUGAGAUGCAGACUAGGAACGCCAGCACCGACCCGCGAAGUGGCAUAUCCUACUAUGAUAAAUAUCACAGUCUGGAAGAUAUUUAUCAUUGGUUGAACAAGACAGCCAUGGAGAACCCCGACCGCAUCAAAGUCAUUCUGAUCGGGUCAUCCUUUGAGAAGCGACCCCUCUACGUUCUGAAGUUGUCGGCCAUUUCAACCACAAAUACGAAUAAGAAAGCCAUAUGGCUGGACUGUGGGAUCCAUGCCAGAGAGUGGAUCGCCCCUGCUUUCUGCUUAUGGUUUGUACAAUACUCACUAUCAUUUUACGAGUCAAACCGGGACAUAGCUACCAUUCUAGACAACAUGGAUGUCUACGUUCUACCAGUCAUGAACCCUGACGGCUACAAGUACACAUGGACCACGGAUCGGAUGUGGAGGAAGAAUCGCUCCACCAGAGAGGACAGCCGUUGUGUGGGGGUGGACCUGAACCGAAACUUUGAUGCCAACUGGUGUACGGAGGGCGCGUCGCACCGCCCCUGCUCGGAGAUCUUCUGCGGAGAGUUCCCCGAGUCGGAGCCGGAGGCCAGCGCCGUGGCGAGCUUCCUGCGCCGCCACAAGGAGGCGGUGGCGCUCUACGUCACCAUCCACUCCUACUCCCAGAUGCUGCUCUUCCCCUACUCCUGCACCAGGGACCAGGCCGAGAACCACGCCGAGCUGCUUUCAAUGGCCAAGGAAGCAGCCCUAAAGAUCAAGAGGUACUACCGCAACAAUUAUAAAUACGGUGCUGGAGCCGAGACGAUAUACCUGGCGCCGGGGGGCUCCGACGACUGGGCGUACAAACUCGGCAUCAAGUACUCGUUCACGUUCGAGCUCCAGGACAGAGGGCGAUACGGCUUCCUCCUCCCUCCGUCGGAGAUCCCGCGGGCCUGCAACGAGGCGCUCAUCGCCCUCAAGACCAUCGCUCUCCGGGUCGUAGAGAGGAUCCCACCGCCAGCGUAGAAUAAAAUAAAAUAUCACGUGUGUAACGUCGAGGAUGUAUGGCUGUCAAUGUAUUGUGCUCGCGGUUAGCGCUCCCACACCGUGAACUAUAUAACUACAAUUGUGAGAAUGAAAAUAAAAAAGUAAACCAGAA